AUGGAAAAUUUUUUUGCUAAGAAAGAUGCUUCUACUCAAGAGAGUCGGGUUGUGCAAAAAAGACCCCGCAUUGAGCUUGAUAUGAAUGAUAUAGUUGCUGAUCCAGGUCUUAGAAAGCCAAUUGAUGAAUUCCACCAUGAUAUUUGGGAUGAUGCUAGGAGAGCAUAUUUACAGAUGAGUCCAUAUCAACCAAAUUCUCUGGCAUUUCGUGGGCAUGAUGAGUCUAAAACAUCUAAAAAUAAAGGGAACUUUUUGGAGAUGCUUGAUUGGUAUAGAAAGAAGGAUCCUAAGGCUGCACUUGUGAUAGCUAAGAAUGCUCUAGGGAAUAAUCAAAUGAGUUGUCCAACAAUUCAAAAAGAUUUGGUAAGGGCUUGUGCAGAGGAGACAAGUGAAUUAAUUAAGAGUGAAAUUGGAGAUCGUUGGUUUGCGGUGCUUGUUGAUGAGGCUCGUGAUGCAUCAAUUAAGGAACAAAUGGCCGUGGUUGUGAGGUUUGUCAAUGAUAAAGGAAGUGUGAUUGAGAGGUUCCUUGGACUACAACAUGUUUCUGACACCACAUCAUCUUCACUGAAGGAAGCAUUGGUUUCUAUGCUUGCGAGAUAUGGGUUAUCUAUAGCCAAGCUUGUGGUAGUUGUUGUAGCCAGAUGUUGUGCUUCAACUGAUGAUUUCUUCAAUUAUGUCACUUCAGUUGUCAAUACUGUUAGUGCUUCUUGCAAGAGAAAAGAUCAACUUCUCCAAAAACACCAUGAUACUCUUGUUCAGCAAUUAGAUAGUGGUGAAAUAUCUCCUGGGAGAGAGAAAAACCAAGAAACUAGUCUUGCUAGGCCUAGUGAUACACGAUGGGGUACACAUCACAAAACAUUAGUACGUCUUAUGCUCAUGUGGGAACCUGUGCUUGAGGUGUUAGAGAAUAUUAGUGAUGAUGGAUUGAUUGGUUCUGUGAUGAGAAAUAUAAAUGCCAUGAGGGAAAAUGAUUGGGAUGAUCUUUUAGAGAAGACAAAAGCCUUUGCUGCCAAACACAAUAUAGACAUUCCUAAUAUGGAAGAUAUGAUACCAAUGAGAGGUCGUUCAAAAUGUCAUGGAGCCAAAUAUGUGACCUACUACCAUCAUAUUCAUCAUGGGAUUUUCAAUGUUGUCCUUGAUCAAAUAAUUUGUGAGUUGAACAAUCGAUUUCCAGAAAGAUCAACUCAACUAUUGAGAUGUGUUGCUUGUCUUGAUCCGACAAAUGAGUUUGCCAACUUUGAGAUAGAGAAAUUAGUUGAGCUUGCUAAGAUUUAUUAUGCUGACUUUAGUGAUUAUGAAUGUGAAAAGCUAAGAACUGAGCUUGAAAAUUUCAUGGAUGAAGUCCAACAUGAUGAAGAUGAAGAAUUUUGCUCUUGUAUUGAUCUUGGUGGCCUUGCUGAGAAGAUGGUUAAAACUGAUAGACAUACAUAUUUUCCUUUGGUGUAUCGCCUCAUUGAGCUUGCAUUGAUAUUGCCCGUGGCAACAACAACAGUUGAAAGAGCCUUCUCUGCUAUGAAUAUUAUCAAGACCGACAGGAGGAAUAAAAUGAAUGAUGAUUGGAUGAAUAAUAGCAUGAUAUGGUAUAUUGAGUGGGAUUUGUUUGCAUCCAUUGAAGAUGAUAAAAUUUUAAAGCGCUUUCAAGUCUUAAGAAACCGUAAGAUAAACUUGCCACCCAAGGUCCCAAGGUGCGUAUUGUUUUAG